GAACAGCUCGGCCUUGGUGGUGUUGCCGCACUGGGCGGCUACGCCGCGGCCUUCUGGGCGGGGAAGCCGGGCUCCCCUGGCCCUCCGAACGCCCCCGCGCUCCUAGCCGCGACAGGGCCGAGGCGGUCUGCCCUUGACCUGUCGGCGCCCCGUCAGUCCUGUUUCCUUCCCCCACCUCCGGCCACCGGAAGUGCCGAACUGGGGCCCCAAAUGGGCGAGUCCCCGGCUCUUUGACAUGUGCCUCCUCCUCUCCGCACUCCCCGGACAGAGCAGGUGGACGCAGGGAGAGUGGUACAAAUUUCGCGUCGGUGGAGCUGAGGUGGGCCUUGAAGAGGAACGGACCGGAAGUCGUGGUUGUCAUAGUUACCGAGAGGCCCGGCCUCUUCCCGGUUCUGUCCUCCCUACGCUCCCACAAUGUUUUUAUGAGGCUAGGAAAACAGGACGAGGAAGUGCUGGCGCACUGAGUCCUCACAAACCUAAGCAGAGGCUCUAACGAUUGUGUUGGUCAGUUGAUUUGGGAGAGGACCAGACCGGAAAUGGCAGUUUCCAUGGUAACCCGCGAGCAGGUUGCCUGGGAGAUGACCCCUUUUAGGUCUCUCUGAAUCUCUACCGUAGCGUCACUUGUAAGGCAGAUCUAAGAGAUCCUGGACUGUCUUCUGCCAUGAUUCCCGGGAAAUACCGCUCUGUUUCUGGCCGGGCUGCGAACAACGUGAUGGGCUGUGUUAUUGGGACCAGGACCGCUGAGUCUCCUCAAGCUAUUGUCUGACCGAGGCUUGAGAUUCGUGGACUGGACCAAGGCACUUUGAGGGUGAACUGUGGGCUUCAUCUGGUUAUUCAAACAUCAUCACUUCCUGAAAAAAACAGAGUUGAAUUCAGGCUAAAUAGAGAAACACCACCAUUCCCUGGUCGACUCUUACAACAUGACCUUGAAAGAAACUACUCAAGUAGGCAAGUCCUUCACCUUGUAAUAAAGCAUCAUGCUUCUCAUCCACUCCAAACGUGACAGAACUGUGUGGGCUGGAAAUGAAAACUACCAUGAGCUCCUUAUCAGCAUUUGGAGAUUCUUCCAUUCAGACAUCUUCAAAGUCCAGAAUCCGGCAGGGCUGUCGUAGUGCUGGCCCAAGUGUAUCUGUAGGUGAUCACAUUAAUUUGGCGAGCUCAUCAAUGCCAUCAUUUCCUAUUCUCCAGCGUUCUUCUGAAGAGAAAAUUCUGUACUCAGACAGGUUGACCCUACAAAGGCAAAAGCUGACUGUGUGUCCGAUCAUCGAUGGGGAAGAACACCUUCGUUUGUUGAACUUUCAACACAAUUUUAUAACUCGGAUCCAAAAUAUUUCUAAUCUACAGAGGCUAAUAUUCUUGGAUUUAUAUGAUAACCAGAUUGAAGAAAUUAGUGGGCUUUCUACUUUGAGAUCCCUCCGUGUCCUUCUGUUGGGGAAAAACAGAAUCAAGAAAAUCUCAAAUCUGGAGAAUCUAAAAAGCUUAGAUGUCUUGGACCUUCAUGGAAAUCAGAUUACCAAGAUUGAAAAUGUCAAUCAUUUGUGUGAUUUGAGAGUUUUAAAUCUUGCCAGGAACCUUUUAAGUCACGUUGAUAAUCUAAAUGGGCUGGAUUCCCUGACUGAACUUAAUCUGCGACACAAUCAAAUCACUGUUGUGAGAGAUGUGGAUAAUUUGCCCUGCCUCCAACGUCUGUUUCUCAGCUUCAACAAUAUAUCUACUUUUGAGAGUGUUUGCUGCCUUGCCGACUCUACUUCUCUCUCAGACGUCACUUUUGAUGGCAAUCCAAUAGCUCAAGAGUCAUGGUACAAACACACUAUCCUUCAGAAUAUGAUGCAGCUGCGUCAACUAGAUAUGAAGAGAAUCACGGAAGAAGAAAGGCGUAUGGCAUCUGUUGUAGCCAAAAAAGAGGAAGAGAAGAAGCGGGAAAGUCAGAAACAGUCUCUGCUUAAGGAGAAGAAAAGGUUAACAAUUAACAACGUAGCUCGAAAGUGGGACUUGCAACAACACCGAGUAACCAAUAUCACUACAAAUCAAAAUAGAAAAGAGUUUGACUCUCCUCAGGACCCCUGUCAGAUGGAUGGAAGCGCCAUCUCUGCAUUUCCAGAGGAAACAGGGUCUUUGGACUCAGGACUCGCCAGUGCUUUACAAGGUUUAUCUGUGACAGACACACACCUUGUUGAAGUGGAUGGGGACACACUUGCCCUGUAUGGCUCAGGAGCCCUGGAAUCUUUAGAUCGGAAUUGGAGCGUUCAAACAGCAGGAAUGGUGACAACCGUGUCCUUCACUUUCAUAGAAUUUGAUGAAAUCGUCCAAGUGCUUCCCAAAUUGAAGAUUAAGUUUCCUAAUUCUCUGCACCUUAAAUUCAAGGAAACAAAUCUUGUAAUGCUGCAGCAAUUUAAUGCACUGGCACAACUCCGUCGCAUUGACCAGUUGACAAUCGAUCCUCAAGGAAAUCCAGUUGUCAAUUUUACACUCUGGAAAUACUAUGUACUGUUUAGGCUGAGCCAUUUUAGUAUGCAGAAAAUAAAUGGGACAGAGGUAACACAGAAUGAUAUGGUAAUGGCUGAAAGACUCUUUGGAAUCCUAGCACAUGUAGCAUCUUCUGAGUUACCCCAGUACCGUCUGGUUUCAAUUCUAGGUGAUGCCAGGAAGAAGCAAUUCCAGUAUCUACUAGACACCAAAGCAAAGAAACCUGGUGUUGUCAAUGAAGAAAAUGAUAGCAAAAGGCUUGCAGGAGAAAACACAAGUCAUGCUACACUAAAUUAUACCACAAGAGACUUCUAUAAUGAAAAGCUAGAGGAAAUAAAGGAAAAAAAGAAAUUCUGCAAGAUGUUUAUUGAAGACCUUGUGAAGGAAGCCACAGAAAUCAACAGGAAGAACGAGGCCUUACAGAAGCUUUGGCCGCAGAUGUUCAUCGAGCUUGUCAGGGACGCCGUCAUGGAAAUCCGCAAUAAAAAUUCCUAUAUGAAGCUUUGCCUACAGCAGAUAACUGACCAAAAAUAGAAAUGAGUUUUAGUUCAAGUUGAUUAUAGUGGUUUUGUGUUUUUAAAGGUUGGAAAUAUGUAGGUUAAGCAUGUUAAAACAACACUGACCUACAAACCGGAAAGACUAGAAUCAGAGCAUUAUUGCCUACAGUUCUUGUGGUCCAAGGCAGGAGAACAGGAGGGAAGGGAGGGGAAGGGAGCCCUGAUCUCCUGCAGACGCCGCCCAGCCCGCCUUUGGGAGCUCAGCGGUCUUGAGAGAAAGCUCAGACCUGGCGCGGCGCUGCAGCCUCGCGCUGGCUUCGCUGGGUGCCUCUGCUGCAGCCCAAAGCUCGUGCUGUUUGCUCCUGGUUCAGCAGGAGUUGCUUCUACCAACUUUCAGCUGAUAAUAUCCAGUUAUUUGCCUUUUUACUUUAUGCCAUGAUUGCAAAGCCAAAAAUAUGUCCUUUUUAUGAGUGAAGACUAAACUUACUAAUAAAUUAGUAAAAAAAAAAAAAAAAAAGAAAGAAAG